CCUGAAGUUUUUAUAAACUGUACAACGUCGUAUUUUGUUCAGAUAACUGAGGUCUAGUUAUGGCGAAGAAGAGUGACGAAAGAGAAACUUCAAGCAUUGAUUCACCUGAUGAGGGCAAUAGUAAAGAUCACACCAGGAAAAGUUUCCAAAUAGAUAUUUCCGAAGAACAUGGUAAUUGGUUGGCUGUUGGCGAACUAAUUCGCCUGAUCAGGAAACCUAUAGCAACCUACGUUGAUGAAAUCGUUAAAGCUUUUCACCAGAAGCUCUGUCACGAUUUGUCAUUUGUUGGCAAGUGCAAAAGCCCUGAAGAUUGCAGAAAAAAGACUAAGCCUGGAGAACUUUGUGUAUCGUGCAAACGUUGGUCGCAGGACCUUAAUAAGUCGCAUAGAGCUGGCAGCAACCCAUCGUGGCAUAAGAAUUGCAACAGCGCAAAAUGGUCUGAAGAUCCCUGGGAGGUGGCGAAAUUCUUCAUGUCGGCUCUUGGAUCUAACCAAACUACUGUGAAAGAUGCAAAAUCCACGGAUCUGUCAUCUCUUCUUAAUGUUCUCGAAUGGAUAAAGGAUGGAGCGUUUCCGGGAAAAACGAGAGUAGACAUUGAACUUGCGAGAAAACUUCGUUCUCAAGUGAGAAAUACCUGGGCACACGCACCGAAACAAGAAUUUGAUCACAGCAAAAAAUCGCAAAGUUUCUCGAUUGCCAACGAAUUUCUAGAGGAUUUAGAGGCAAAAUUUUCUCAUAAAGAAACCAAAGAUUGCAAGGAAUAUCUAGAUAAUUUAGAGAAGAACGGAGUCGCCAAUAUCGUUGAAAGUGAACUGAAAAGCCUGCUGUUGCAACGCCAAUUACUAGAUGAUAUUAAAGAAGAAAUGACACAAAUGAAAGUCGAUCGUUCAUCUGACAAAAGCAAGAUGGAAGAGCAUGAACGAAAACUGAAGAAAUUGGAAGUUGCAUUGAACGAAUGUUCUCAAAGAAUGUCAGAUUUCGAAAGUCUUAAAGAAAACAUCAAUAGACAUUUCAAUAUCUUUGAAGAACAACUGAAAUAUUUUCGUGCUAUUCCUGAAGAUAUUCAUGAAAUACGUAACAGUAUUGGACAAAUCCGUGACAAUCUCGCUAAGAUGAAUGAACGACAAAAAGAACGAGGGCCAACGAGAAGUUUACUUGACCGCGUGCCAAAGUUCACUGCUCGGGAGGGAGAAAUAAAGGAGGUCUUUUCUCUUCUUAUCGAAGAAAGAAAGACCGUUGUGUCUCUUCAUGGCGGACCGGGUUUUGGUAAAACUGCUAUCGCCAUCGAGGUGUCCCAUCAACUCAGCGAAGACCCCAACAUAACAGUCAUUUUCUCUCAACUAACCACAAAAACAACUGUUGAUGAAAUGGUCCGGCAGCUUUGCCUUGAUGUCGGUGUAAAUUACGAAUAUGAUGAUCCAAAGCAGUCGCUCGUUCUCUGUUUGAAAAAUGUCAAAACCAAAAUCAUUUUUGUUAUGGAUGACAUCGACAACCAGCUUGAACAAAACAACCGUUCAGGCUUCGACGAUUUUAUCAAAUUGUUAGGAAAGAUUGAUAAUUGUCAGAUGAUUACGACCUCCAGAUCGUCCUAUCAAAUUCCUGGCCUUUCAGUUGAAAAAGUUGAUGUUGAGGAGAUGGAUGACAAGGCUUGUAUGGAACUUCUGAAAAAACAAUGCUCUGUACACGAAGACGAAUUUUUGCAAAAAUUAGCUGAAGAAUGUGGUAAAAUACCUCUUGCCAUGUGCAUCGCCGCACCUCAAGUUGACGACUUUGAAGAUCCUUUUAAAUUCUUGCAUUAUCUCGAAAAAGAACCGUUCAAGACCUUGGAAUGUCCCGAGACUAACCAAUACGUGUACCGAGCCAUUAAUAUGUCUUACGACAGGUUGGAUAAAGCCCUAAAAGAAACGUUUGUGCGCUUGGCUGAAUUUGAUGGAAGUUUCAGCGAAAAAGCCGCCAGCUUUGUGAUUGAGAAGGACAUUAUAGAUACGAAGCGUAUCCGAAACGAUUUAGUACGCCGAAGUUUGAUUAAACAAGAAAACGAGAACCGAUACUCCAUUCAUCUUUUGAUCAAACAUUUCGUAAGAGAUCAACUAAGAGGCGAAAAUGAAAUGGCAGAAAGAGCCCGCGAGCAAGCAACACGUGCAAAAUUGUUGAUGGUAGAAUUCUAUCUUGAGUUGGGACAUGAUUUGACCAUAAAGAGUUACUCCAAAGACGGUUACAAACCCAACAGAGAAGCUUUGAAGCAGGAAGCGCACAACAUCCAAAAUGUACUCAAGAUUUGUUUUCAACAAAACGAUGACUCCUCCAACAUCCUUAACUGCCUCGCAGAAAGUGAAAUUUACACCUGCUCAGGGAAAUUCUUUUCACUUCUUGUCAGAACCAUCAUUCCAGGAUCUAUCGUUGACAAGUUUCUACAAAGCUGCGCGCAGCUGGCCCAAAAGAGAGAAGAUCAUGCAAUCAAAAUGAAUUUUGAUUGUUUGCUCGCGGAAGCAGAACGCGACAGAACCAUUGGAAUUAGAGAAGACGAAGCUUUUACCUCCAAGAUGAAAGAAAUCGAGAAAAAGUUUGAAACACACUAUGAAGUUUUAAAGCAUGACAAGUCACUUUGUGCUUAUUACUAUUAUCUGUUUGGGAGGUAUCUAUUGCGUAAAUCCGAACGUUGUAAGGGUAAGAAAAGUAAAGAACGCUCAAAAAUACAGAAGCAAGCGCGUGAAGAACUGGAAAAAUCAUUAGAACUGAGGAACACGCUUAUUGACACACCCGUGGGAAUGGCGGAUAAGGUAUUCACGUUAUUGCAACUGGGAAAUGUAUGCAAAUUAAUUUCUACAACGGGAAAUUUUGUGGAACAAGCACAAGAAUAUUACAAAGAAGCUACAAAACUUUCCCGGGAUAAUUUUGGUGAUCACGAGCUAACAUCGCACGGUUAUAAAACUCAUGGAGAUCUAUAUCUAAAAAUCGACGAAUACGACAAGGCGAAGGUAAAUUACACAUUAGCCAAAGAAAUGCGGGAAAAACUGGGUCUUGAUGCGAAUAAAAAACAUGUGUCACUGCUCAACAACCUCGGCAUAUGUUUGAGGAAAAAUAAGCAACAAAGCAAAGCUAUUGAAGUUUUAGAAAGCGCUCGUGAUAUGGCGGAGAAACUGGCUGAAAGCGACGAACCAAAUCGAUGCAAAUCUAAAGUCUACACAAAUUUGGCUUUGGCCCACAAUGCAGUGCAAAACGGUUCUCAAUAUGCUGCAAACUACGCUAAAAAAGCAUUUGAAUUCAAAGAAUUAAAGGGCGCCAUAAAAUGGUAUGAGUAUGACGAACUUUGCGAGCUACAAUCACACCUAUCUUCAGACUUGCAUAUUUAACUGAUUAAUAAUUGCAUAUUUGUAAAAGAUAAUGUUAAACGUAUACCUCACGCCAGGAGAAAUGUUUGAAAUGAAUGUGCUGUAUACCCUGAUAAUGCAUGACUACAUAGAAAUUAAAAGAAUCGACAUUUGUUAUAUAUACAUGGUGCAUGACAGACAAUUUCAAAGUAUAGAGCAAUGGAUUAACAAGUUGACAAUAAUUAUCUUUUUGUAUUUACUAAGGCGCUGCCUAAGAAUUUUCUACAUUUACAGUUUUCCGCAGUCAACUGGACUAAAACACGAACUUGCAUUCAGUUUAC